AUCACUGCAGUCACGAAAGCUUUAAAUCAAAAUGUAUUAUUGUUGUUGUUUACAGUGGAGAGUGGUAUGGCACGUAGUACUGCUGAAGAUGACUGAAAGCCCUUACUCGGCUUUGACUUGGUGCAUCAUGGUCUGUGGGUCUGGUUGGCAAUUGGAAGGGUGACCACCAUAGCAACAUCGGGUCUCUCUGGGCAGUUGUCAUUUGUUGGGGACAAUCUGUGUCGCGAUCUGUAAUUCAAGUGACAUUUUGCAUUGUGCAGCAUUAUCGGGUUCUGUAUUUUAUAGACAAACGUUUACUUUAAGUAAAAUACAUUCAACGAAUUUCUUGCCUCCAAUCAGACAUCACAUGGCAGUCUUUGAUAGGAAGGGUAGGUUUUAGAUUCAGUGUCCUGCCUGAAAAGUCUACUUCUUCCGACAUUAUUGAAGAUCACAUGGUAGUGUGAUCAGAAUAGUAGAAGUUUAAUGCAGUGUACCAGAAAAAAAGAAACUAAUUUUGUUUUUGGUAUCUAAUUAUAUUUAGCUGGUAUUGAGCGAGCGAGCAAGUGAGUGACAUUCUAAUAAUGUUCUAUAGAAAUAUUAAAAGGCAGAAAUUUGGCGUAUAGUUGUCGAUGCUUUUAACAAGAAAAACACGUGACCCAAAUUGUAAUGUUUUGGGUCCUCCAGAGGGUGGAGGCCAAAAUAUUUGAAUGUUGUUAUUGAAACUAGACCAAGGUAUGUUUAUAUCUGGGGUGACAAGCAAAAAAAUGUUUAGUUUUUUUUUUUACUCUGGGAACGAACUUUUAAGUUGUAAAUUCAAGGGUGAUACAUUCUAAUGACUAACAUUUUUUCAGGUGAUAUUCAUUCGAGAGCCCCUCUCUCAUGUUGCUUAACCCCCUUGUAAUUCCGUAGCCGUGGAUUCGAACCACAUCCCUCAAAGUAAGCGCAUGGCGGGGGCAAGAUGAGUGAUGGGCAGGUGCCUGUUCUUCCACGGCGAUGAGGUUGCUACCUUAACCCUCGUGACCCCUCUUGAGGGCCGAGCGCGUGGCGUGUGCGGCGCGCGGUGAUCGCCGUGCGGCUUUUGGCUAUAGCCAUCGAACAAAGGCGGUCGCCGCAUCGCGCGGCGCUUUCGGAUGCGCUUCUGCGGCCGUCUGGAACGCUCUUACCUUCCGAUAUUAGGAAGCCACACCGGAGCUAUGCACUUUUUACAUCUAAGGUUGAAAACCCAUUGCUUCAGAUCUGCUUUUUUGUGUUUAGCUUGUUGUCCUCGUCCCCCCGCACCUCCGAUUAGCACGGUUUGCUGCGUACGAUGCGAAACACACGCACGUGUGAAAACGGCCGGAAGGGAACGGCGGCCCGUUACCCCCCGCGCAGCCCUCCCGCGCUCGCACCUUCGGCCUGGCGUGCAGAGAAUUUCAGAAAACGCCGAAAUCACGGCAUGUGUUUAUUUUUUUUUCCCCCCCGCGCGCCACCCCUCUCCCCCGUCUCUCGACGGCGCCACAGCCACGCGCACAAUCUUAAUGCGAUCGCAGUCACCGCGUGUUGCGGUGGGAGAUAGAGUGGCGGCCUUUCAUAACGUGGCUGCGUAUCGAAUGGAUGGCUUCGUAAUAAGUCAGGCAUUAAAUCGUGCAUGAAUCUGCCACCGUGCGUGCGUGUGAAUUUUUAGCAGGGAGCACAAUGGCAGUGUGCGUAUAUUUUCGUCUGUUUGCAACAAAAAAAUCAAUUGGCGCCCGUAAUGAAAUGCGACGAAUAUCAUUUUGUUCUAGUUUCAUAUGUCACAAAUCUACGUACGUUUGCGCUGGCAUUUUUACAUGACACCUAUUUUCAAAAUGAAUAGUUUGUAUUACAAUGCUUGUGUUGAACACCUAUAAUGGUGUACGAUAUAAUUUUAGAACAAAUGUUUGCAGUCCACUAACCAACAGGGGUGGCACUUAUGUCCGCACACGCGAUUCAUUUUGGACCUUUCUCCGCGCACAAUACCAUAUUUAGUAUUUACGGUGGUGCACACACAUAGCACAGUGUGCGGAGAAAAUCUUUGGGGGCUGACGUAACACGAAGAUGUGUUGAAACGAAAACACUUGAAACCAAACGCGGCAAUUUGAUGUCCUAAGAGCAGCAGCUGAGGAUCUGUCACUUCUUAUCCAAUUAUGUGACUUAGUGGCGAGUGGCCUUUUUAAUGGAUUUCCAAUGUUGACAUCUGACACCGCGACAUACGCAACUUUUUCUCAGGUUAAAUGCGCCGGCGGGCCGGCGGGCGUUUACGCGUGGAAAAUCGUUUUCCUCCGUCGGCCAAGGAAUGGAAUGGUUCUGAGAGAGAGAGAGAGAGAAUUCGUCCGUCGAGGAUAUGGAGCGGUGGAAGUUGGCCCGUGUGCAGCAUGCGCGCUUCGGUGCAUUAUUACAUCGCCGAAUGGUGACAAGUGGCAGCGGCUUUUGGGGGGCAGGCCUUCAUCCAGCAGUGGAUUGAUCGUGGCUGAUGAUGAAUUAACACGCCCUUUAUUUAUUUAUUAAGUGUUGAGCCAGCUGGCCAGGACUGAGCAAUGACGUUGCCCACUCUUCACCCAGGCGACCGGCGAGCACAGACUGCGGUGUUUUAAAAAAUACUUAUUACGAAAACAACGGACAAUUAAAUAUAUAUGUCUAAGAAUGCACAAGUAUUAAAAAAUAUAUAUAUAUAUUUUUCAGAAGAAAAUGUACAAUGUUUAAAAAAAUAUAUUGUCAAUUUCUCUGCAUUUUCUUUGUCGUCAUAUGUGCCAGCACUUAAUUAUUGGUAUUAAAAUUCUACAUUCGCACACAUUGUAUACAAUCUGUUUCACGUACAGGUGCAAUGAAAUUGUAUAUCCUUUUGUGUACAUUGAAGUCAAACAUUUCAGUUUGAUGAUAUCUUACUGAGAGAUUGUUGUUUGUAAUUUGGGCAUUAACAUAAUUCACUUCAGUACAUUUUCGUCAUCUUCCACAAACCGCACACUUUCGUGAAUUUUGGGCAACUCUCGUCUCUCAGAUCAUGCCAAAAAUAGACACGGAUCGUAGCUCAUCUUAAAAUCCUUGAUAUUUAAGAUCAUCGCCUUCUUCCUGUAGUGGCUUGACAACAGGUUGCAAAUUAAUAUGUUUGGGUUACAGUAGGGCAUCAUUCGGUGCCGUCUUGUAAACGAUGCACGUGAAGUGUUGUAAACGUGCCUGACUUUCCUCGAGAAUAGAGAGAAUAUCGAACAAUUCCAUACAGUACCAUUGUCUACCUUGCCCCUGCGGCAUACAGGUAAUUUUUUUUCUUCCCCUUUACCUCUUGUCAUGCUUUAUUCCCUUGUGUAAAAUAAUCCGCUCACUCCACGUGCAACGCUCACAAUAUGUACAAUCGCAUCCCGGGUGCCCGUUUGCUCGUUCAUUCUGCGUUCGAACCGCCGCGUACAUUGCAUGAAAUCUGCCGCACCGCGGUUUUGACAUUUGCAAGAGAAAGCGCGGGGAUUAAACGAUUACGCAGCUCUGCAGGCUUUUAGGCACGUUACGCUUGCCGGACAGUCCAUUAUUAAGGGUGACGUCAUGUUUUAUUUUAAUCACUCGGGCUCCUGAUUUUUUUCUCUCUCCUCCUUUUCCCCACCCCUCUCUUUCACGGUCGAUGUUUUGCCGUUGCCAUCAGCCAAUCCGCUUAAGCCGUGAUCUCGAGGGACGUGGCGGUGGGAGGGGAGGGAUGCAGGCAAGGGAGGGAGAGGAGUAGGGAGAAUACAGAGAGAGCGUUGCUACGACGCAGAGCGAUGGGCACGGAGAGCAGAGCGCGGUGACGGUCCAUCGCUCGCGAUGCUGAGCGCAAGAGGGCUCUGAGCGCGGCGGUGGGUGGGUGGGUGGUUGGGUGGGUGGCGGCGAGCGGCCACGGCAGCAAUUUUCCUGCCGGCGUCGUCGUCCGGACUUGCGGUGCAUCCGUGCUCCCGUGCGGAAUUCGGCGUCCGGAGGAGCGCAGCCAAAGCAAGGACCGACCCUGCGUUUGGCGACGGACAAUGCACGUUAAAGCCAGCGUCCAGCACGGCUGCCUGCACCUGCCAUCGUGCCGCUUCAGCAAGGGAGAAGAGGGCAGGGUUUUAAAUUGAAAAGGGAUAAAAGAGAGAGUGGGUUGGGGUUGGGGAGGGGGGGUGAAGGAAAAAAAAUCUCCUUGAACGUCAGAAUAGUUUUUUUCUUCGCUGCUUUUUUCAUCAGCCCUGCUGUCUGUGUGGAAAUGGCUUUUCUCAUGCGUUGCUAUGCCAACUGUCUGCGACCGUGGUCGUCAAAACUUCCCGCCGACCUGCAGAAGAUGCAGCUGAGCGAGAGCUUGCACCACCAGCACAUGGCGCGCGUGUCGGCGAGCCAGUCCGGGUGCAGCAUCGGCAGCGACUCUGGCAGCAGCAUCUCCGAUAUCUACCAGGCCACGGAGAGCGACCCUGGCGACAUGGACCUCACGGGGCUGCCCGAGGGUCUGGUGGACUCGGAGGACGACGAGGAGGAAGACGAGGAUGAGAUCGAGCGCUCCGGCGAAGCUCUGCCGAGCCACGACUUUGUGCGCGACUGCCUCGAGAAGGAGCCCAACGACCGCACGGACGAUGAUAUCGAGCAGAUGCUGGAGUUCAUGCACCAGCUGCCCGCCUUCGCCAACAUGACCAUGUCUGUGCGGCGUGAGCUCUGCGCUGUCAUGGAGUUUGCGGUGGUGGAGCACGCCGGCACCGUCGUGUUGAACCACGGCGAGGAGCUGGACUCGUGGUCGGUGAUCCUGAACGGCUCGGUGGAGAUCACCAACUUUGACGGGCGUACGGAGACGCUGUACAUGGGCAACAGCUUCGGAGUGUCUCCCACUGAGCAUACAGAAGUCAUGGUCGGGGUCAUGAAAACAAAGACCGAUGACUGCCAGUUUGUGUGCAUAGCACAGCAGGACUACUGCCGCAUCCUGAACCAGGUGGAGAGGAACAUGCAGAAGGUGGAGGAGGAGGGAGAGAUCGUCAUGGUGAAGGAGCACCGAGAGCUCGACCGCACCGGCACUCGCAAGGGGCACAUCGUCAUCAAGGGCACGAUGGAGCGGCUGCUCACCCACUUGGUGGAGGAGCACUCCGUGGUCGACCCCACGUACGUGGAGGACUUCCUCCUCACCUAUCGCACCUUCCUGCCCGGCGCCAAGCACGUGGGCGAAAAGCUUCUCGAGUGGUUUGGCGACACGAGCCUCCGGGACAAGGUGACUAGAGUGGUUCUCCUGUGGGUGAACAAUCACUUCAACGACUUUGAAGGGGACCCAGAGAUGACUCAGUUCCUGGAGAAGUUCAAGGAUGGCCUGGAGAGAGAGAAGAUGCAGGGCCACCUGCGCCUGUUGAACAUCGCCUGCGCCGCCAAGGCCAAGAGGCGCUCGCUGACGCUGACCCGGCCCGGCCGCGACGAGCCCCUGCCCUUCACGCUGACGGGCGGCAGCGAGCGGGGGUUCGGCGUGUUCGUGGAGAGCGUGCAGAGCGGCAGCCGGGCUGACGAGGCCGGGCUCGGACGCGGGGACCAGAUCCUAGAAGUGAACGGGCAGAACUUCGAGAACAUCCAGCUGUCGAAGGCGAUGGAAAUCCUCCAGCACAACACCCACCUGUCCAUCUCCGUCAAAACAAACCUCAUGGUGUUCAAGGAGCUACAGAACUGGACGGGCGACGAGCCCGGCCCCUUGAAUUUCGCCGGCCGUUGCGGCGCCGCCGCCGCCGCCGCCGCCGCCGCCCCCUGCUCCUCCUCCGGCGCCGCGGCUGAGUCUCACCGGCCCAGGAUCGUGGACGGCGGUAACGCGGUGCGCCUCUCGGUGCCCGAUCUGGCCGUGCCGCACGAGCUCGUCAUCCCCGUCGAGAAGCUCAAGGGCAAGGGCAAGGCGAGCACGGUGAGCGGCCGAUCGCGGCUGAGGAAGUUCGUCAACAAGACCUUCAGCAUCCUGCCCACCAAGCCGUACGGCGGCGGCGGCAGCACCGAGGUGAAGAUCGGGCAGUCGCAGGACGACAGCAUUGUGGGCCUCAAGCCGCCCGUGUGCGGCACGUCCACGUGGAUGAUGCGCGGAUCCCUCUCCUCCAGCAACCCCGACCUCCUGCAGUGCCACCGGCUCAUGGACUUCACCGCGCCUCCCGACGUCCACGACCAGGUGCUGCGCAUUUUCAAGGCGGACCAGUCGAGCCGCUACAUCGUGAUCGGGCGCGAGACAACCGCGCGCGAGGUCGUCACGCUGGCACUGCAGGAGUUCACGCUGACGGGGCCUCCCGACUCCUUCUCUCUGUGCGAGGUGUCGGCCGCGCCCGACGGAGUCACGCGCCAGCGUCGGCUGCCCGAUCAGCUCUCCCGGCUAGCCGAGCGCAUCCAGCUGAGCGCCAGGUACUACCUGAAGAACAACAUGGAGACGGAGACGCUGUGCUCGGACGAGAACGCGCAGGAGCUGCUGCGCGAGGGCCAGGUGUCCCUGCUGCAGCUGAGCACGGUGGAGGUGGCGGCGCAGGUGUCGAUGGGCGACUUCGAGCUGUUCCGCACCAUCGAGCCCACCGAGUAUGUGGACGACCUCUUCAAGCUGCGCUCGCGCACGGGCACGCGUGCCCUCAAGCUCUUCGAGGGCGCCCUCAACCAGGAGACGUUCUGGGUGGCGUCCGAGGUGCUCGCCGAGCCGGGCCAGAUCAAGCGCGUCAAGGUGCUCAAGCACUUCAUCAAGAUCGCGCUGCACUGCCGCGAGUGCAAGAACUUCAACUCCAUGUUCGCCAUCAUCAGUGGCCUGAGCCACAGCUCGGUGGCCCGACUCAACGGGACGUGGGAGAAGCUUCCGACCAAGUACGAGAGCCUCUACCGCGAGCUGCAGGACCUGUUCGACCCGUCGCGAAACAUGGCCAAGUACCGCAACGUCCUGAGCAGCCAGAGUCUGCAGCCACCCCUCAUCCCGCUCUUCCCCGUUGUCAAGAAGGACCUCACCUUCCUGCACGAAGGCAACGACUCGCGGGUGGACGGGAUGGUGAACUUUGAGAAGCUGCGAAUGAUCGCCAAGGAGGUCCGCCAGGUGGUGAGAAUGGCCUCCGUUGGAAUGGACGCUGCGGCCAUGUUCCGACACAGGCGUAAAAGGUGGCGCAGCCUCGGGUCCAUAAGCCAAGGGAGCUCCAACUCGGCCGUGUUCGACGCCAUCCAGGCGUCGGGCCACCGCAAGCGCGCGCGCCGCAGCUCACUCGUCAACCCGCGCAAGCUGUACGAGGAGGCGCAGAUGGGCCGCAAGGUGAAGCAGUACUUGGGGCAGGUGAACAGGGACGUGGACGAGGACAGCCUCAUGACGCGCUCCGUGGCGCUGGAGCCGGCCAGCGCGCCCCCAGCGGCGCCACGCAUCCCCUGCGAGCGCAAGACGGCCAAGUCGGCUGAGAGCUCCCCCGUGGUGACGCGGGCCCCCAUCCUCAGGCAGGGCGCCUCCAGGUGGCCUCAUGGGACACCGGCCUCCACAGCAGCGGGGGCUGCCACCCCGGCCGCCCCAAUGUCCCUGCAGCCGCCCCGUAAGCGCUUCCCCGCUAACGCUUUGCUUCCUCUUGGAGCCACUUCACCGAACUCAUACCGCAAGCUUCUUGCCCUCUCGGAGAGCCACGCGGACAAGAAGAGCAGAUCAGGUGACGAGUCGGUUCCGACACCCCCUGCGUCUCCUCGGACUUCUCCACGACGAGGCUCUCAGAUGAAGCGCAAAAACUCUCAGCGAUCUAAUUCGGGAGGGUCAACUGCGUCCUCGGCUGUGGAAAAUGCCAACAAGAACAACAACACUCCCAGGACGUACGGCAUUGGGUUCACGCUGACGUCUCUCACGGACGUGCGCGCCACGUGCGAGCCUGGGUCGGAUGAGCGGGAGGCAGCGGAAGGCCCAGCGAGCGGGGGCCAGCACGAGACCUCCCCUCACGGCCCCGGGGAUGAGGUCGGCACCGAGCGACACCCCCUUGGCCUCCCCCCCACAAGCGACGACCCCGGAGCUCAGGAUGACGCGGGGGCCCUCCUGCACGCCUCCGAAGCGGACGCCGCAGCCGCCGCGGACGACGACGCCGAGGGGGGCGGGCGGUCCCUGCUGCUGCCCCCGUACAGCCGCAACUCGCUCGAGACGUCGGACAGCGGGCGGGACAGCUGGACGUCGUGCUCCAGCGGCUCGCACGACAACUUCCAGGCGCUGACGAGCAGCCGCUCUUACUGGAGCGGCUCGGGCGGGCUGAGCACGGGCGACCUGGCCGCCGAGCUGGAGCAGUGCUGGGUCCUGCUGGGCGCCGGCCGCCUGGCGACGAACGCGAGCAAGCGCGCCGUCGCCGCCGGAGACGGCGGCCCCGCCGUCGUCGUCGACGACGACGAUGGUGGCGUCGUCGUCCGCGGCGCGGUCCACAGCUCCCCGUCGCUGCUUUCGUCGUUGUCGCCGUCCCGCGAGAGCUGGGCGUCGUCGACGGGCUCGCUGUCUCCGGAGGAGAACGAGGGCGACACGGGCACGAUAAAGCGGCGUAACGGCAAGGACUGCCUCCCCGACGCGGCGGGGCGGCGGGACGAGAAGCCGGUGCCGCCCACCGGCGCCGCGCCCGUCGCAGACGGGAGAGAGGAUCCGGCGGAGAAGACGCGGGAUGCCGAGGUGGUGGUGGCUGCUGCGGAGCCGGCCGGAGAAGGAGGUUUAGUAGUGUACUGCGUCACGCGAAAAACCGUGCCCUCCGGCGCGGGUGGCGGCGCAGGAGAUCAUCCCCCGCAUGCCCUGGUCCCCCCGGAAGAGAGCUCCGCUCAUUCCGGCUCGUGCCCCGCGCACCUCCACCCCCCGCUGCAUGCGACCGCCUGCGAUAGUGGCCCCGAGGUGUUGCAGCAGCAGCGGCGGCCGUGUUCCGCCACGCCGGCGAUCCGCCCGACGUGGAAUGUGCCCAAUGUGCUCGGCAGUCAGGCAGUGCAUGGACAGGGCUUGCUCAGUUCACCGGUUAAGCAGCAGCAGCAGCAGUAUGAGGACGAGAAAGACCAAGUAUCCACCGUGUAGGCGAGAGACGUUUGUGGGGGAGGAGCAUUUGGAGGACAGUGGCACACGCGUGCACGCACGUGAAUAAGCGAACACCCCCUCUCCCUCGAGACGAUGACCCCACGGAACACAACGUUGGGCCUGCAACUUGCGUUUACGAGCCGGAAGGUCUUGCAAAGGGUGGGCGCGAUGAUCUCUCGCGUUCGGCUUUGGUGGAAAGAAGAAGUCCACCCGCGCUUGACCAGCCGAAAGUCACACCCGCCUACGGCUCGUGACGGCAUGUGGAAGUGAUGUUGCCGAGUGAAACAAGGAGUUGGGGAGGGGGGGAGGAAGGAGGCUCCCUGAGAGAUCGAAGUUUCUGGACAUAGCCUGCUCAAGGAGUUUUUUUUUUCUUUCGGUUGGGGGUGGAAAAGUUCCGGCCUGUUGUCCGAGGCUGGUACCACGUAAAGCAACAUCCAGGGCGAUGACGGCAUGAUUGUGGUGGUACAAAAAAUAAAAAAAAACGUUGCAAACGAGUAUUUUGCUUUAUUUAAUGUCCAACCUGAGCAAGGUGGUGCAACCUUUGGGGGGAAUUGGCGAAGGGUUUUGGAGAGACGAAUGGAUAAAGGUAAAAAAAGGGGCUGGUCUGUGAAAAUAAUCCAUCUUGUCAUCUGCACUGCACUUUGUAUGGCCUGGUAGGCUCCAUAAAGGCCAUAUUUUACAGCUAUUCUUGCGAUUUACUGGAUAGUCCUAGUUUUUCUAUUAAUUUAUGCUUGUGACUCGUGUAACGUAUUAAUGUUCAGUUGCUUGAAAGCAAAUUGAGUUUACGUAUCAAAGUUCUGCAGGGUAUGAAGGACGUGUUAGAGUCUUUGUAAAACGAAAUUUGACAUGGUGUUUAUUUGUCCUAUACUCUUAAGUUCUAUUUUUUCCCAACACCCUAUAGAAGAAAGGUCAGUGAAGCUAAGAAUCUGGAUUCUGAUUGAUUGAGCCAAACAAUGAGAAGCAUUUCAGCAAUGUAGCAGUUAUUGUUCAAAUGAAAUAUUUGAACUGUGAUGUGGGCUGGCAUUUUUAAAUACACCUGCAAUCAAUGAGUAAUUGUGGUGGCAUGUUCGUAAUGUGCUCUGAAUGUGAACGCCGAAUGAUUCAAUUUCAGAGCAAUGAAAAUCCGGUGUGUUAUAAGCAAAUGACGAAUCUGAGCUACAGUUACUCCCAAGCCACUGGGACGUUAUGGAGCAAUCGGUUGCCCUUUGGUAAACAUGGAUUAGGAGACAAAUCCAAGCUUGAGUUCAUGUCUUCUCAUUUAGUCCCCAGUCCGUGCUACAGCACGAUCCAAUUUGGAUUUCCAUAAGCGUCGAAAUCCACUGAAUCUCAAGACGCCAUACAGAAAGUUCGGAAGCAGUUGGGCGUAUAUGUUUAACGGAGAGAAGGGGACAGGCAGUCAGUCGUAGAGAGGAGGAAAGUCCUGAGGCUUGACUGGAGCAGGGGCAGAGAGUCUACAGCGCAGUUUAAUGGGGGGAGGGGGGGGAAGGAAGGUUCCAGACUAUAGGGUCCAGCAGAGGAGAAUUCGUGACCUCCAACUCGGUGAAGGCCGACUGGGGUGGGCUUUGAUAGAAAGGCCUCAGCAGCUGGAGCAGAGAGGAGGGUGCAUGGGGGAGAGCCGAGGGAAUAGAGAGGGGAGAGGCGGGUAGGAGCAAGUCCAUGGAGAAUCUUGAAGACGGCGAACACCAUUUCGACGUGACUUUAAUAAUACUGCCAAUACCAAGCGCUGAGAUAUCCGUCUCGCAAUAUGUUUUUGCGCUGAAAUAACAUUGGCACGACAAGGCAUACCGUUUUUUUUAGACAUUAACCGCAAUAAGCCUCUGAUAAUAUAUUCACCCUUGAACGCACAAGGCUAUGAAAGAGGAAUCUUUAAGAAAUAAUUGCAUACAAAUUACAACAGUUCACCUCCACGAUAUGGUCCGUGUAGCGUUGAAAGAGCAUGUGUGCAACUGUGGUGGACAUAAACGCUGUCCGCCUUUCUUUUGCCACAGUGCAUGCACUGUCCAUGACAGAGGCCCGAUUCUUUCAGAAACAAACCGGAAUGUUUACUUUUUUACUCAUUGAUCUGGAGACGCAGAAAAAGGUGGUUCAGGCUUGCUUGAUUUUUUUAAAUUAAUCUACUGUAUUAUUAUUAUCUGGUAAUGUAUCACUCACGGAUAAUUAGUGAUUGGUUAUUUAUCAUUAUAAGCAGUGCAAUUGACCACGGUGUUUUAUUAUGAUUUUGUAUACUUUUUUUUCGUGCUAUAAAUUAACUUUGUAGAUAGAAAUGCUGCAAUUUUUUGCCAAGGAAAUGCUAAGAAUCCAGGUUCGUAGUUUUAUUCCCCACAGUGAGCUUUACCGUUCACUCGUUUACGGGCAUCUGUAGUUUAAACUUGUGAAAACUAUUUGUUGAUUUUUACGUGUGUGUGUGUGUGCGCGCGCGUGUUUGUGUAUACGCCCGCGUGUCUGUGUGCGCCCAACAUGCGGCAAGAUGGGAAAACAGUGUUAUGACAUUUUGUAAGCUAGUGGAGAAAUGUGCAAGGCGCUUGGGUGGGUAUCCUGUUGGGUGGCUGUGCACAUAGCGAGGCUGUGCAUCGGGGUGUCCCUCCACCAGAAAUUGAUUAAAUAUUUAUGAUAUCGCAGACUGACUGCUAACACUGGUUAUAUUAUCCUGUACAAAACAGUACUAUACAUACUGGAAGAUAAAAAAAAAGUUUGAAUUUGAUACCUCUUAGCAUGCACUCAAAUAUGACAUUCCUGAAAAGUCUGACAGUUUUUUUUAAGUUAUAAAUUAAUUUGUUCUAUAUUUAAAAGAACGACGAAAGAAUUUGAGCCGGCCGUUAUAUAUAUAUCUCUAUAUGUAUAUUUGACCGGAAACAUUCUGAUUCUGAGUGCACAGUUCUAACAGUAGGUUAUAUUGUGCGAUUGGUUAUUGCUCCUUUGCUGCAUGUGCAUAAAAUGUGAGUUGAAUAUAUUUUGCAAAUUCUUUUUUACAAAGCUGAGGUGUGGGGGGAGUUAAAAUUCAAUAUUUUUAAACAGUUGUGUAGCCUGCACUAGCGCAGCUUGCUAAAUGUUACAGUAAAUAUCCAAUGUAUGCAUUGUUGUGAAAGAAAAUUUGGUUACAAAAAAAGUUACAUUUAACGUGUCAUUCAAAAACACUUGAAAAGACGUACAAGAACCUAACCCAUAUGAAUGAGUUUAGGUGGUUUGGCACAAAUUUGUCUUUGUUUAAGAAGAAAUCGCAAGAUCAUUCACACCGUUGCCUUAAUUUCAAGUUCCAAAUAUAUCUAUCUUACGUGGAAUUACUUAAACAUUGGUCUAAGCUUCGGGGAAAUUUAAACUUAAAUCAGAGUUGAGAACAUGUAGGCUGAGCCAGUUGUGAUAGGCCUCGCCUAAUCAUUUCAUGUGUACUUGGGUUGGUGGAUGACGUAACGAUGGGUGUACAGGACAAAUCAUAUUAAGUACAUGCGCUGAUAAAAAGAAAACAGCCUCGAGACGACGCGUUAAUGGAACGUGCUCAUGAUAAGUGCACAUGAGAAGUGCUCGUACCACCAUCGCUGAAAUAUUAUUGCGCGUUUAUUUUGACCCAUUAAAACGCUCCAUUACGUAAAUGAAAAAAAAGUUAAUGAUUAAAUCUAAAAAAAAAUGACAAAAUAAUCUUGAAGUUUGUUCUUUUUUUCCCAUUUAUUUACUCUUGAAGGGGCACUUAAGGUUAGAUGUUAAGCAAGCUAGAGAUUGAAAAGGAGUAAUUGAAACUCCAGUGGUGCAUAUUUGUAGAAUGUCAAAUCGGUAGUGCUGAUGUGUUAAUAGGGAUAACUAAAUUAUAUUGAAUUGAACCACUCGUAUAUAAGUGUAUUUGGUUACAACUAUUCCCAGUAGGACUGUAUUUGCAACAGUAAUGAGGUUUAAUUCUGGCAAAUCACACUUCUCGAAAAUUGCCUGAUGAAGCUUGUUGUAAGCACCAGCGAAACGUCAUACUCAAAUUGUCAAUGUUGUGGGCUUACUUUCCAACACACCACUGUGCUGAAGUAGUAGCUAAUUGGCACGUUUUGUUUACGUGACAAACGCGAUCUAACCCAAAAUAACCUUUAUUAUGAGUAAUGAGAUGGGCAGUGUUAUUGAUGGGAUUGUUCUCAAAUCAAUGAAAUAAGUUAAGAAAAUAUUUUGUUCCCAUUGUUUUGACGCUGUGUUUGAUUGGUUUGAAAAUGGCACGCGCGCACUAAUACAUUCAUGUGAUUGGCUCUGUGCAUUCUAUAAUCAAGUAAAACGUCACUAAUUCGGACAGCCUUGCGAAAUGAUGAAAACGUUUAUGAAUGUCAUAAAUUCCUGUUUAGAAAAAAAUAAUCUGUAAUUACGAAGACACAAAUGUGAUUUUUCUUUGUUAAGUUUUUACUUAAAUAGUACAUAUAUGUUUUAAUUUAAUUAAAUAUUAAAUGCUGCAAUAAUUUAAGUAAUUGUAUGUAAAUACAUCCGGUCCAAUAAUUUUCCACAUUUUUAAAAUGUGUCCUAUUACUGUCCUCGUGUCCUGCUUUAUGUCAUGCAGUGAAGGAGUUUCUGUGAUUUAAUAAAUUGACUUGCAAAUAACUAUUUUGGAAGGAAAGACUAAGUUAAGAAGGAAACGUUUUUAUAACAUUAUUCUUUAAUUUAAAUUGUGUUAUCAUUUGAAUGUACAAAGUAAACAUAGAAGUUGUCAAUUUUAUUAACAUGUAAUUAUAUUUUUUAUUUAAAGCUUUCGUGACUGCAAGGAUUCAUUCUUGGUUCUUUCGGUAAAGUCACGUAGAAGGGAAACAAAAUAAUAAAAAUAUAAAACAAUAAAAUUCUCACGACGUUUCGACUGCAAAACAAGCAAUCAUCAUCAGGUGUGAAAACCACAGCAAGAAAUACUAAAACCAAGAAUAUGUAAUUAAAUUUUUCCGUUGAUUAAAUCCGCAUUGUAAAAGGUGGCCAGGGCUUUGUUUUGUUGGUGAUCUUUCAUCAGAUUCGAUGGAUAUUCAGUCAACACUUGUAAUAACCAGACGCAGGAGGCACCGUGGUGGCAGGAUGUUAUCUCCCUUGCCCUGUAUGCAGCAGGUCCUGGGUUCGAUCCUGUGCCCUGAAGAUGCCUGUUGUAUAUUUGGAGGUCGUGUCUUCUCUCUCCCUGUGGUGGGCGCAUGGGUUUCCCUCUGGUUUCCUCCAAUUUUACCCUCCACAUUUAGAAACAUGCGUUUAGAAUAUUCGGCUGCUCCUAUAAAUUCCCGCGCAUAAUGAUGUUAAGCCACUUCGAUGUGGCCAGGUCGACUCUAAAAGUGCUCCUACCUCCGUAGGCUUUACCUGGUAAUUAUUCUUUUAGUGGGUAAUUAAAGUUCGUAUUCUUAUGUACAUGUCAAAGGACACUUAUGGAAAUGGAGCCUUACGCCUAAUCACCAGAGGGACCUAAUCACAACACCUUUUUGAGACGUAUACUUAAUAACUUCAAUUUAGAAAAAAAAAUCCAGUUACUCCACGUAUACCUCUUCUGAAUAUGCUCGUCAUUAGGCGCUACGUCAUUAUGUUCACUUGAAUGUUGUCCACUAACUUCUCUAAGAAAACAAAUCAUCACCACAAGCAUCCUUGGCCAUGGUCAAUCCACUGCUGGCUGAAGGCCUCCCCAAGCCAAUCCUGUGGUGAUGUAAUCGUUCACCUAGCACCUGCACACGAGAUAAUUUCGUCGCUCCAUCUCCCCGGCGGUACCAACCUCGGACGCGUUCCAUUCCUAGGCUGCCGCUCCAUUAUUCUUGACCAGCAGCCAUCCCUUCUGGCCCAAGCGCAGCUGCUUAUCUUAACAUAUUCAACGAGUUUGAAUGCGUUAUUGUGCACGCAAUAGCAACUCGCCAACACAGUUCGCAGAUAAACAACUUGACAAAACGCAGAACAGCUUGGGUUGCUCCAUGGAGCAUCGCUGCGUUGGGUGACGAAGCUGAGGCCCAAUAUGAAAUAUAAAUGAUCUCUCCAAGACAAAGCCUAGUUGAGUCUCUUGACAUUCCAUUGAAUCUGCUUAGGCUGUCACUGCGGUCCCUUAUCAUGGGUCGGAGUGUGGGUCGAGGACCAACAUCUUACCUAGCGAACGCUUUGACGUGUCGCAUUUGCCAAAGAUGCAGUGGGCCCUUGGCUUGAGCAGGGCUCGGGUUACCUACGGCUCUUGAAAUAUUGAGGGAUUUUUUUUCGUUUACCGAAUUCGAAAAAAAUGUCUCUUGUUACAUUGGUUGCCGACCCCUGGGCUGAAAGGAGCUCGAGAGAGACCUUCUUGAGUAAAAUGUGGCCUACGCUUCCACACUUGGCCAGGCGUCUUGGAAAACGUGGGAGUUACCCACACUUGGCUGCACCACACCCAACCUGCCAGUCGACUACAUGUCACUGUGGUGUGCCUAUUCAUACUGCUGGGUAAACAGUGUUGCGUUUAGCAGUGUUGCUGGCAAAAAUUCACGCUUACACUGGGUAGAUCUAAGAAUGUGUGUAUGCAAUUCUCAUAACAGCGCUCCGUUUGUAAAUUUACUCCAGUCCUCAAUGUGGCUUCAUUGAUUCAGAAUCACCGUUUGUCAAAAUCAACAACUGCUGACCGAAUUGAGAAACUGCACAAUAUGUUUGAAGUGGGGGGUGCAGUGGCGAUUUCACGAGAUGGUGGAUAAUCUUUGACACCCCCCCCCCCCAUCAUCAUCGUAGGACAAUCGGAUCAACCCAGUUUUACUUGCAGUGCGUUCAUCCUGAACACGGCAUUUGUGUACCUGUACGUAUCGGUGCACAGUAACACUUUUACGCUUCGCUUCUCUGAAUGUUACCUACAGACCAAGUACUUGAAAACCGGUCCCGGUCCACCUGCACAUAUGCCCAUGUGCAUCCGCAUGCAUGGCUGCUCAUGUGCAUACGUAAACGCGUACACUUAUGUGCAUCGACACUCAUGCGCCUGCAAAUCCGUUCACUGUCACAGCUGUGUACCUACAUUCAAAUGUACCGAUACACGCUGCACCUGUACACAUGCAUACGCGUGCACACGGCUGGGGAUGCGUUUAUAAAGUGUCGGAUUAAUAUGAAAGAUCUGGAAGAUCUGGCCGAGACAUAAAAUAUCGGAGAGAUAUAAAUAGCCCCCCCCCCCAAAAAAAAAAAUCGGAUUAAUCCGAAAAUAUGACGUCGCAGAAAGGAACGUGACAAUUCAUGCGUUCCGUAUGUUCCUGCCACGUAACGGCACGUUUGUUCGAGCAAUAAGAGACGUUAAGUUAUCGCGUCAUGUAAACGAUAUGAAAAGUCCAACAACAGCACAAAAAAUAUCAAAAAAUUGUUGUUAAAAAAUUAUCUGACAAUUGAGAGUUGUUUUUGUUUUGUAUUAUUCGCGACUCAUCCCUAGUACUGGAAAUACACAUUAGCCAUCACGUUUGGCGGUAGCCACCGCACGCACUGCAUUUAAAUUGGUUCAGCCCCAAAUGACAGAAUUACGAAGAUGAUGAUGACAUCGAUGAUGAGAACGCAACCAUCCAACCAAUGUCGCCACUUGCACGUAGUACGCAUACGUUAACGCUCGUUUAUUUUGAUGAAAAAUGCGUAUUUGUUGUCUUUCAGAAGGUCCAUCACAGAUGUGCAUUUUUGUAUAUUUUAAUAUGUGAAUUGUACAUAUGUUGUCUAUUUUGUCAUAUGAAGGUGGAUUAUGAUUAUGCCAUGGCAAGGCGGUUGUGUAUAAGUCAUGAAUGCUUUGUAUAGUUAAGUAAAACAAUUUUAAAUAAAGUAUGAGCUGAAACAAGA